AUGGACUUAGGCAACCUGACCCAAGGCGCCCUGCCAGCCUCUGCGGCUAACACCAGGCAUGAGGCCAACAACUCGACAACCAGCUGGCUCCCGCAUCUUCCAGAUGACGUCCUCGAGACUCUUACCCUCCUUCUCGGGCCUCAAUUCAACCUACUCCUAAAGCUGCUGAUGGUACUCUAUAACAUAGUUGGGGGCCACUUUGGCUUCGACCCUACGUACCCCCUGAGCGCCUUUGGCUUCCACUCGCUGGCUCGACAGUACUUUAUGGCCAGUAUCGAAUUGAUCAAAUGGUUCGCCUCGCAACCAAGCUUGGUCAACUCGCGUUCUCUCACAGCCGAGACGGUAUCUAAUAGUGUCUGGGAUGACAAAGACGGGACCGGACUUAUAACUAAGCGCGUUUCGUCCGAUGGCUCCAAUGCCUAUCUCAACUUCUUAACCCAAAAGACCAAAGCUGCCCCUCGCUUUACGCCCGCCCUCGGCACACACGGCUUCUGGUUCAGGGGCCGGUACUUCCGACUUCACAGGAAGCAGGAGUCGCUAUACGAUGCUAAUAGGCCUUUCGGCAUACCCCAAUACAAAGACAAGGAGAUCAUUUUUCUUUCGUGCUUUGGCCGGUCUCCCGAGCCCCUCAAGGAGCUUCUAAAGCAUUGCAAGGAGCAGUUCUACAUUACCCACCAGGCAAAGACUACCAUCCGACGGCCAGCACCCGAGGCCAUCCGCAAAGGCCGCCGGAACAACUGGCAGCAGGUGCUCUCGGACAUAAACGAAUACCUGCACCCUGCUACGCUACGCUGGUACGCUAACCGUAGCAUCCCCCUUCGGCGAGGCUAUCUCUUCUAUGGUCCGCCCGGUACGGGCAAGACAUUGUUCUCGUUUGCCCUCGCCGGCGUGUUCGGUCUCGACAUCUAUGUCAUUUCCUUGCUCGACCCUUCCCUGACCGAAGAAGAUCUUCUAGCGCUCUUCACCUCCCUCCCGCGCCGGUGCGUGGUCCUGCUCGAGGACAUUGACACGGCCGGGCUCAAGCGCACCGACGACCCGAACGCCGACGAAAAGUCGUCCGAGAACUGGAAGGUCUCGGACCUCGCGCGCGAGCUCAAGCGCCACCAGCGCGGCGACGCGUCCGAGAACAAGGGCAUCUCGCUGUCGGGCCUGCUCAACGCUAUCGACGGCGUCGCCUCGCAUGAAGGGCGCGUGCUGAUCAUGACCACCAACAAGCCCGAGACGCUUGACGAGGCCCUGAUUCGUCCCAGCCGUAUUGAUAUACAGAUAGGAUUCACCAACGCGACGCAGGAGCAGGCCCGCGAGCUGUUUGUACGCAUGUACAAGCCUGACAGCACAGACGACCCCAACCCCUUUCCCCCCGUCCCUACCCCGACCGCCCCUAACCUUAACACCCUAGCAGAGAAGUUUGCCCGGCAAAUCCCACCAGGUGUCUUUUCCCCGGCGGAGCUACAGGGGUUUAUGAUUAAAAGAAAGGGCAAGCCGAAGAAGGCGGCCGAUGACGUAGGGCGGUAG